UUAUCUCAUUCUCAGUUCCUCGGUGAGAAAUAUAAAUAGUUGUUUAGGGUUUUUGCCAAGCAGCUGGACCCUUUUAAAGCUCUUACAUUUUGAAGAAGGGCACCACGGCGGCGGACACAGAAGCACCAGAUCAACACUCCAAUAUUCCAACAUGACGAGAGGUUUGAAGAAACACAUGAAGAGGCUCAAUGCUCCCAAGCAUUGGAUGCUUGACAAACUGGGAGGAGCAUUUGCUCCCAAACCCUCUUCUGGACCACACAAGUCUAGGGAGUGUUUACCCCUGAUCCUGAUUCUGCGAAACAGGUUGAAGUAUGCUUUGGUUUACCGUGAAGUCAUUGCUAUUUUGAUGCAACGUCAUGUUCUGGUUGACGGAAAGGUCAGGACUGACAAGACCUACCCAGCUGGUUUCAUGGAUGUCAUAUCAAUCCCCAAGACAAGUGAGAACUUCCGUCUUCUUUAUGAUGCCAAGGGUCGAUUCAGACUCCACUCACUCAGGGAUGAGGAAGCCAAGUUCAAGCUCUGCAAGGUCCGUAAUGUGCAGUUUGGCAGCAAAGGAAUUCCUUACCUGAACACCUAUGAUGGGAGGACCAUCCGCUACCCAGACCCCCUCAUCAAGGCUAAUGACACUAUCAAACUUGAUUUAGAAGAGAACAAGAUUGUUGACUUCGUCAAGUUUGAUGUUGGAAAUGUAGUUAUGGUCACUGGAGGAAGAAACAGAGGGCGUGUAGGAGUCAUCAAGAACAGGGAAAAGCAUAAGGGAAGCUUUGAGACCAUCCACAUUCAGGAUUCACAAGGUCAUGAGUUUGCUACCCGUAUGGGAAAUGUGUUCAUCAUCGGUAAAGGUACAAAACCCUGGGUGUCCCUUCCCAAGGGUAAGGGUAUUAAGCUCACCAUCAUUGAGGAGGCACGCAAGAGACUUGCAGAUAAGGCAGCUACUGCUUGAUCUCAGUUCGAAAACGACUUGUUCCAGAUUUUGCAGUUUGAAGCCUUCUUUUAUUUAAUCUAAUAGCACUCUGCUGUUUGUUGAACCCCUUUUGUUGUCGAUGCAUAAAAGGCAUACUUUUAUUUCAUGUGCAAUUAGUGAGUUGAAAUAGCUUCAGACAUCUUGUUUUGAACUUGAAAUUAGUACAAAAGGUUUUCAGUGUUAGCCUA